GUUUAGCCCCCUCUAUGCGGCCAACAGACGCUGCUUGGGCAUGCGGUGGCUGGGCAUGUGGGCUUCAUGACCCAACCUUCCCUGCCGGAGGAGCUCACCGAUGGGACUUUGUCCAGAUCUUUCAACGAUUUGUGAGCUCCUCACACAAUCCAGCCUGGUUAAACCCAGGAUGCAUCGUAGGCAUGCCAGCCUGAAUGUUUCUGAUGGUAAGACCACCUCUUAGUGGCACACUCCAGGUUCAGCAGCAGCGCCUCCAACUCCUCCUCUGAGUGAGCAGCAAUCAUCAGCAUACAUAACAUGGUUGACGAAUAGGGAGCUAUCCAUCGACCGCACCCGGGCAUCGAUCAGCCUCCCGUUGUAUCUGUACCAGAUGGAAAUUCCUCUGGUACAGCCAUGGAAAGCUUCUCGAACUACGUGGUCAAAGAUAAUGUUAAAUAAUGUGGGAACCAGAGGACAUCUCUGUUGCACCCCAAGGUGAACAGGGAAUGGCUCCGACUCCUGGCCACAUAGCUUUACCCGGGCCCGCUCACCAUCAUGAAGGUCCUUAAUGAUCGUGAGCAGAGGGUCAGGGACUCCGAAAGCACGAAGAACAACCCAGAGCCAAGGCCUACUGAUGGUAUCAUAGGCCUUGACCAGGUCAAUAAAGCAGAGAUGUAGGUCUUGUUGGAAUUCCCUACACCUCUGCCUUAGCAGACGGACAGAAAAUAUUAAACCACAUUGGGGCUCCGCAAGUCUCUCCUCAGCGUGCCUGGCAAGGCGAUGUUGAAUAAUCCUUUCCAGGACCUUUCCUGAGACACUGAGAAGAGAGAUGCCCCUAUAGUUGUUACACUCUGCGGAGCCCAUCCUGUGGUCCACACAGUUGUGAUGAUGUCAUGUAGGGCAGUCUGCACACAGAUGCCACCCUCCCUCAGCAUUACGCUUGGGAGAUCGUCUCUGCCCGGCGCUUUUCCUGGUCUCAGACUUCGGAUCGCCCGUCACACUUCCUGCACAGAUGGCACCUCAGCCAACCAUUCAGAAGGGGUGGCUACUUCUGCCAAUAUUUGAGGCACGGCAGCCCGAGCAGGGUCGUGCCUAUCUUGCCCCAUGAUGUUGCCUGGGCAGAGGGAAUUCCCCUCCUCCAAGACCUCCCAAAAAUGUUCUGAAAACCUGCAGCCCUGUUCCUGGGAGUCGGAGAUCGGAUUAUCGUUCUUUCCCUUAAGGAUGGUGAUAGGUGAGGCGCUGCAAAUUACUUUUUGAUGGAAUUAAACAGUGAUUUGUGCGGGCUACUGAGGCAGAUUCCAUCUCCUCAACAAUCCGCGCCCACCACUCAUUCUUGCAGCGCCACACAGAUCUCCGAAUCUCCAAGCGAAGGCUGCGGUAAGCCUUCUCCUAUAGGCAAGAUUUCACCAGCAGUACACAAAGACACAGAUCUCUCAUAUAGCCUUAACAGACUGUUGUUAGCGAGCACCUAUGAAGGCCGGCAUGGCACACGAGGGGGUGGGUGGCCAGCACCACGCCCGGCGCCUUUGUCUCCCUAGUGGCGAUGUUACUACACACUGCAUUAGGUACUCAUUUGAGGUUGAGUCGACCUAGGCGAGGCACAGUACCGGUUCAGAUAAUUGUCACUGGUGUCAGUCGUGAGCGGCAAUCGAACUCGGGGUGCCGGGUUCAUAGCGCAGCGCGCUAACCGCUACACUACCACUCCCCAGCAGCACACGCACAGCAACCCCUACAGUCGGCUGAUGGCGCUCAAGAGGAUGGGGGUGGUGGACAACUACGAGCACAUCCGCGACGUGGCUGUGGCGGUCGUGGGUGUGGGCGGCGUCGGCAGCGUCACGGCUGAGAUGCUGACUCGCUGCGGCGUGGGGAAGCUGCUGCUGUUCGACUACGACAAAGUGGAGCUGGCCAACAUGAACCGGCUCUUCUUCCAGCCGCAGCAGGCGGGCAUGAGCAAAGUGGAGGCGGCGGAGCACACCCUGCGGAACAUCAACCCGGACGUGCAGUUUGAAACGCACAACUACAACAUCACCACCAUGGGCAACUUCCAGCACUUCAUGGAGCGAGUGAGUCACGGGGGCCUGCAGGAGGGCCGGCCUGUCGAGUUGGUCCUCUGCUGCGUCGACAACUUUGAAGCGCGCAUGGCCAUCAACACGGCAUGUAACGAGCUGAACCAGGUGUGGAUUGAGUCGGGGGUGAGUGAGAACGCCGUGUCCGGCCACAUCCAGCUCAUCAUUCCUGGCGAGACGGCCUGCUUCGCGUGCGCCCCUCCGCUGGUGGUCGCUGCCAACAUGGACGAGAAGGCGCUGAAGAGGGACGGCGUCUGUGCCGCCAGCCUCCCCACCACCAUGGGGGUGGUGGCGGGCCUCCUGGUGCAGAACGCGCUCAAGUACCUGCUGGGGUUCGGCGAGGUGAGCCGCUACCUGGGCUACAAUGCGAUGCAGGACUUCUUCCCCAGCAUGGCCAUGCAGCCCAACCCCACGUGCGACGAGCACUACUGCUGCCAGCGCCAGCGCGAGUUCCAGGCGAAGCCCCGUCAGGAGCCUCCUGCGGCCCCACCGGAGGAGGAGGCGGCCCCCCUGCACGAAGACAACGAUUGGGGGAUAGAGUUGUUGGCUGAGACGUCAACGGAAGCGGGCGAGGAGGAGGAGGGGAGCCCGGGAGUUGUUCUUGUGCCAGGGGUGCGACUUGCCUACACCAAACCCGCACAGGUACACACACAGUUGGCUGAAGACGUGGGGCCCUCCGUGGAGGAGACGGAGCAGAGUCUGGAGGACCUCAUGGCGCAACUCAAGGGGAUGUAGGCGAGGCCACUGCCUGGCACAGGACCUGCGCACCCGGAGCCCAGUCAUGGACCUGACUCGCAGAACUUUGCUUCCUGGGACCUAGGACCAUAGAAACCCAGGGAUGCCGUGUUCCUGGAACCCUGGGACCUGGAAUAACCCGACCUUGGCGAUGAACCCAGACCACAGAACCUUCACUCCGGGCAGGGUCUCGUGACCUAUGACACUCACUCAGCUUGGAAGAUGCACGUGUGUGUGUACGUUGAACUUCUUGCGCACCGUACGUAGCCAACCGCGCUCAUCGGAGGUGCGGGGGAAGAACAACAAACUAAACACUAAAAGCAGUCCUAAAGAGCUUGAGACCCAUCACCUGGUCACCUGGAAUCACUGGUGCUUGCCUAAUCAACCUGGACAAUGAGACCUUGCAAGCAGGGGCCUGGUAUCAUGGAAACUUCACAGGGAACUUAGGACCUUAGGAUCUGAGCAAGGAACCUAGGCCUCAGGACCAGAACUGGGGUCAUUUAUAAUUCCAAUUAGAGCAGCAUUGUUGGUUAAAAGGACAAUUACAUUGUAAUAUGUUGCGGAUUACACAUUUAUGUACGUAUGUUGACCUUUCACACCGUGCUUAGUCAACAAACUUAACAUAAAAAUCAGUUUAAAAAAAAAUGUGUUCACAAUUUAGACCUAAAAGUGCAUAACUCCAGUGGCUUCCUAAUAUCGCAAGGAAGAGCAUUCCAGACGGCCGCGGAAGUGCAUCUGACAGCGCGUGAUGCGGUUGCUGUCUUUGUUCGAUGGUCAGCCAAAAGCCGUUGCUGUGAAUUGUAAUCGAUUCCAGGUCUGCUCAGCACGAGGGAACCGAGGGCCUUUGGAUCCAGUCCCUGGCACCUCGUUCCUGGAACCUCGUUCCUGGAGCCUCGUUCCUGGAACCUUUUACCUGGAACCUCGUUCCUGGAGCCUCAUACCCAGUACCCAGAACCUCGUACCUGGAACCUCGUUCCUGGAACCUCGUUCCUGGAACCUCGUUCCUAGACUCCAGGGAUCGUACACAGUAAGUCCUCUAUUUUGGUUGUUUCUCUAUAAUGUCACCAACAAAUUUACGGAACGUGAUUCGAUUUAAAAGGUGUCGAUUUCACUCCGAACGUGAUGCACAAUCGCAAGAUAGCGCGGGAGGUUAUGCAUCGUACGUGACGACAGCGACGCCAUGGCACCAACAAAAUAGUGCUCAAUCCUCGUGUUUACAACGUCGCCAUUAUCUGCACCGCGCUACCCUCUAAACGCAAUCUCAGCCACCAUCUCGGGUGAUAAUUCUAUCUUAAUUUAUGUAUUUAAACGUGUUAUGUAAUUUUCUGGUAACCCGUGCAAUUUCAUUCGACCCAAAAAGUGACCCCUCCCAAGGAACCCAUCCCAAAUUCAUAUCACGAAGUCAAUGAUGGUAGAAUUCGGUUUUUAGAUUUCCGUGGCGCCUGGCAUCGCGUUUGUCCAGCGACGCGUUAUCCAACAUCGAUGGAGGACUCGCUGCUCCUGGGGAGGAGACUUCGACUCGGACCCAAGGAGUCGAGAACUUUGGAACCUCGGAUCUGAACCAUGGGACCUCGACAAGAAACGCAGACCAAUUGGACAGAGUCCCUCCUAAGUCCAGGGACCCGGUCCCCUAGUCCCAGGGACCCUAGAAAUUCCAUGAAGCCGCUGGACGCGGUCCUUCCUGCUCCCGUGGCACACGCACUCAACCGUGCUGAUGGAAUCGUCAUCGUCCGUGAUCCAUCCACUGCUGGAUGGCCUUCUUAAGCCGUCACCAUCUUUCACGGUCCUGGAGUGUUGCUGCCCCACCUACUUUAAACAACGGGUUCACCCUCGGGUAGCUCAUGUCCAUCCCCACGCUCGUGUAGUAGUUUAAGUGUAAGUCUCGCUACGGAUGUUCUAAUCGCUGCCUGCACCUGCUUUGUCCACAUCUGGGCAAGGAGUUGUGCAACCGGGGCAAUGUCUACCGCGUGUGUGUGUGUCUGUGUGUGUGUGUGUGUGUCAGUGUGUGUGUCAGUGUGUGUGUCAGUGUGUGUGUGGGGAGCGGUAGUGUAGUAGCGGUUAGCGCUACGCUGCGCUACGAACCCCGCAACCCGGGUUCAAUUCCCACUCACGGCCAACACCUGUGACGAUUAUCUGAACCGUUCCUGGGCUUCCCCUAGGUUGACUCAACCUCAAACGAGUACCUGGUGCGGUGUAUAAACAUUGCCACUGGGGAAGACAAAGGCGGUAGUAGUAGCGACUACAUAUGUAGCUACUACAAGUGCUACUACGAUAAUCCGGCACUGGGUCGCAUGGUGGGCGCGUGAAGUCGGCUGCAAACCUCGGAGCAGAUCAAUGGUCGCAAAGUGGAGUCUGUCCUGCAGGCAACUGGUUCAGAUAAAUUGCUCGCAAAACUGGUUGCAGCGACGUCCGCACACACGUACAAGCGGCACAGUUGCGUGCAACUCGAGUUGCAUUUAACUGAUCGCUCGGACGUGGGCACGACUCGUUCGUGGUUAUUGCACGUCACCAGUUCUAUAAAUUGCUAUCGUAGAACAAAUUACGUCUCUCCAACACCCGCCACCGAUGGACGGAUGAUGAUAUGAUCCGGCCAACGGCAAAAACAUCCACCCCCCCCUCGCCCCCCUCCUGCGAUUAAAACAAUGGUUUCAUCCGGCUCGAGUCGUCUUCAAGCUGACAUCGCCCUGUAGCCGAUAUUCGCCGCUGAUGCCAAUCGUCGUGAAUAAACGCCGGCAAUGUAAUUCAUUGUUGUUGUUGAUCAAAA